GUCAUGUCCGGAAGUCAGCUGUUUAUCCCGACUUAGCUCUGAUGGCUAACGUCGUCUCUCUUUAAGUUGCAGCUCUCAUUAUUGGAGUUCUUCUGGAAACAGCUUCUGAGCUACUGCGAAGGACUGGAAAGAUGAAGGUUGCUGCCGAGGCUGUGUGUUUGGCAUGUUUUGUGCUGUUGAGCCUGGUGGCAGCGAAGAACUCUGAGGAUAUCCGCUGUAAGUGCAUCUGUCCACCGUACAGAGACAUUGAGGGGCAGAUCUACAAACAAAAUGUGUCCCUGAAAGACUGUAACUGCCUCCAUGUGGUGGAACCGAUGCCUGUGGAUGGCAAAGAUGUAGAAGCCUACUGUUUGCGUUGUGAGUGUAAAUAUGAAGAGAGGAGCUCAGGAACCAUUAAGGUUACUAUCAUAAUCUACCUCUCCAUUUUGGGCCUGCUGCUGCUGUACAUGGUCUACCUGACUCUUCUGGAGCCAAUUUUGAAGAGGCGGCUGUUUGGACACUCACAACUUAUCCAGAGUGAUGAUGAUGUUGGGGACCAGCAGCCUUUCGCCAAUGCUCACAAUGUUUUGUCCCGUUCACACUCCCGACCCAACAUGCUGAACAAGGUGGAGCACGCCCAGCAGCGCUGGAGGAGGCAGGUCCAGGAGCAAAGGAAGUCUGUGUUUGACCGCCACGUUGUUCUCAGUUAGAGCAUUCUGAGUUACUGGUGAAAUGAAGGAUCAAAAAGAAAAUAAUAACAAAAUAGAAAAAACACCCACUGUGAUAUAUUCCUGUUUAUAUUGCUUCCCUCAUUCAUGGUUUGUGUUGUACAUUUGACGUAGAAGUAUUGCUAAGGAAUCUUCAUCUGUUGACUGGAAAUUCUUAUUUAGUCUGCAGGCAGAAAGAGAUUACAGUGAAUUUAUGUUUGCAUGGUCUCAAAUGAACAAGAAUUUUACUCUGCAUCUAAUUGAUUUCAUGUUAGUUUCUCAUCUGUUCAAAAGGUCCAGCACUCCAUUUUUCAAGGUUAAACGAGCUCUAAAAGACAGAUUUCCAGGUGUUGUUUUCCGCUGCUUAUUGUGGCUCCAUGACAGGAUCAGUUCCUGAUUUGCCCCCUCAAAACAAGCAUGGAGUUGAGUUACUGCUCUCGCCACAGAACAAGCCUGAAGUACGAGUCUUUCAGCUUUUCAAAACACAUGUUUGUAACAGCUGUUUUUAUAACCUUGCACCCGGAUCCACCUGACAUCCGAUACCUGGAGUGAGUUACAUCUUGUAGUUCGUUGCAUUAUUAUAAUAAUUUUUCUAAGUUGUUUACUGAACCUCCUCACUAAAAUCAGUGCAGUUUCUACUGAUGUCACAUAGCUGUGUUACUGAUCCUCACACGUUACUGACCCUUUUCAAGUCAGUGCCGUUUUACUGCCUAUCCAAUGUAUAGUCUAUUUUGUUUUUCCCUUUACUCUGUUUGUGCUUGUUGUAAUAUCGGUUCCAUAAUCAAAAUCCUGGUCCAGAAGACAGCAGUGGUGUGACAGAGUACUGUUAUUCUUAUCUCAUGUAGUUGGGCUGUGUACAAUAAGAGUGGAUGAACAACCACUGUUGGGAGACCCAUUAAAGUGUUCUUAACCAUUGUAUAUGUGAUACCUUUAACUUUGAAAUAAAUGUCUGUAAUAA